AUGGAAAUGAAUCCAAUCAUGAGUUCAACAAUGUCAAAUAGUUCAUCAAUUUCAAUGACAACAACAACCGAAUCUUUACCAACGACAGCUGUCGUUUAUAAUAAUCAUUUGUUUUUACAAACAGCUGCUUGUCAAGCGAUCGCCGGUGCAUUUACGUGGGCAGCAAUUCUUAUAACCGGUUAUCAUAUUUAUCUUCAUUUAUGUCAUUAUACAGUUCCUCAAGAACAGAAAUGGAUUGUUCGUUUAUUAUUUAUCGUUCCUAUUUACGCAUUUGUUUCCUGGUUGAGUUUAGUCAUGUUUAGAAAUGAUUAUUAUUACGUUUAUUUUCAUGCGAUUCGAGACUGUUAUGAAGCAUUUGUUAUCUACAGUUUUCUUUCGCUUUGCUAUGAAUAUCUCGGCGGUGAAGGAGCAAUUAUGGCUGAGAUACGUGGAAGACACAUUGAACGAAGUUGGUGGACUUGUACAUGUUUUUUAUCAAGUCAAGAAUAUACUAUUGGCUUCUUAAGAUUUUGCAAACAAGCAACACUUCAAUUUUGUUUGGUAAAACCCUUAAUGUCGAUCGUGACAUUGAUUUUACAAACAUUUGAUAAAUAUAAAGAUGGAGAUUUUUCUGCCACGGGUGGUUAUCUUUACAUAACAUUGAUUUACAAUAUAUCAGUUUCAGUGGCACUUUAUGGUUUAUUUCUUUUUUAUGAAGCAACAAAACAUAUUCUGGCAAAAUAUGAUCCAGUUCUGAAAUUUCUCACGGUUAAAUCGGUGAUUUUCUUAACAUUUUGGCAAGGUGUUCUUUUGGCUUUAUUUGAACAAAUGGGAAUCAUUCAAGCGUUUCAAGGAAAGACAAAUCUAAGUGUUGGUACCGUUGCAGCAGGUUGGCAAAACUUCUUUAUUUGUAUUGAAAUGUGUUUGGCUGCUGUGGCACUUCGAUUUGCUUUUCCACACCAAACGUAUAUGUCACGAGAGAAUUACUUUUCCAACACAUCGACAAAUUCCGAUGGAAAUUCGACAAAUUUUGGCGGAAGAGUAGUGACAAUGCAAAGUAUUUCACAUAAUUUAAAAGAAACAAUGAAUCCGAAAGACAUCAUGCAUGAUGCAAUUCAUAAUUUCCAUCCUCAAUAUCGAGAUUAUACUCAAUACAGUGCACAAAAAAAUGACGAACAAUCACCUGCAUCAACAUAUGGUUUAAAUCAACACUCAACAAGUGCCUUAUCAUCGUCAAAUACUCCAACUCCUGGUGAUAUAUCAUAUCACGAUGGUGGAACUCCUUCAACUCCAACUGGAAUUCCCAUUCAAGCGCCACCUUCAAACAAUUCAUCAAAUCAAAAUACGAUUCUUCAGAAUAUAUCAGAAAAAAUUCUUCCAAAAUCUUUAACAAAGAAAGAUGGUGAAAAAGAUAUGUUAUUGAUCAAUGAUGACAUCUAA